AUGGAAUCUAAGGAGAACUAUGCUUUGCGCGUGUGUGCCCCCCUACUUACUAGAGACCUUGAUCCGAUGGAUGUGUUGGAUAACCUGCUUAGUGAAAAUUGGAUAUCUGAUACCGAGUACGACCAUAUACGUCGUUUAUGUUCCAAGGAUCAGCUGAAAGCUGCUUCUUCCAAACUCCUUGAAUUGCUUCGACCCCGGUCUGCAGGCGCCUUCGAGUGUUUUGUCAGUGCAUUGGAAUCUCAUGGUUCCCAUAUAGCUCCCGUUCUUCGUGAGCACUUCAGCCACGCGCCCGAAGGAAGACGCAGAGAACAUAGUCUCUCCGAUUUGAGGGAGACAUUAAUCGAUGGCGCUGUCCCGGAUGUUCCCAUACAAUACUUGAACAGGCGAAAGAUGGUUGAAAAUCUUGCCACUGCCUUGCGUGCACUUGCCCGACGAUUUCGUGUGAAUGAGCUCAACGAAGUGACCAACAAGAUGCCCGAUCUGAAUUUGGGAUUCGGCGGGGAUGUGCCUAUUAAUGGCACACAUCCGACCUUCAAUUUAACCACCUCAUCCUCGCCUAAUUGGCAUCCACCCCCAACCAAUGCAUGGCUCCUAAUUCACGGAAUGGCUGGCUGCGGCAAAACGGUGCUUUGCACGAGCGUUUUACGGCAGCACCCCGCUCUGUUGGCUGAAGAAUUCCCCGGUGGCGUGAUAUGGCUGCCUGUUGGCUCAAUGGCGUCCCCCUCGGAAUCUCCUAACGCCCCCUACUCGCCUUCCGGACGAAAGGCUAUCAAUUCGCAGCUCAUUUUCAUGGUCGAUUGUCUGGAACGUAAGGUGUCUUCAUCAGCUCCACAUUCUUUCGCAGACACCUCAUGGUCAGAUUUCCAGUACAAUUCGCCUCCGCGGCCUCAUAGCCCCCUUUCUGUGUCUCCGCCUACAUCCUCCGCAAGUAUCCAUGAAUCAUUAGAUCGCCUCCGUCGAGCACUCAUGCGUCGGCAACAUCGUACAACUUGGGGUCCUGAUGAACAGAAUCGGCCUUCCAUCUCUCUCCUUCUUAUUGUCCUUGAUGACGUGUGGGACCUAGACAUUGGUCGCAUUCUAGCUGGGAUGCCAGCCGCUUUCCUGGUCACCUCACGUGAUCAAAAUGUCCUUCAGUAUGUGGAGACACCUGUGGACCGAUUUCCAGUUUAUGACGAUCUGAUGGAUGACGAGGUCGCGCAUCUCCUCUCCACUUGGACUGAUCAUCCACCCACGUUGUAUCUCCCUCCCCCGGCUCCUACGACUGCUAGCACAGCUUCCGCCAUCAAUCUUUACCCCCUGGCCCGUUUAUGUCAUGGCCUUCCGUUUGCAGUCACCCUGUUAGGCUAUUGGUUACGUGAGAACUAUCAUCGUCUUUCAGACUACGAAGGUGAUCCUUUGGGGUCCGGUUCGCCGGUUCUCAAUUGGCUCGUCAUCCGCCGCCCGAGUGCAUACCCGCAUGACACACUGCUUUCGGCUCUACAGAAAACGCUUCUUCAUCUGUCUACCGAGUAUCAAUCCCUUUACGAGCAUCUUGUGAUUUUUGAUGCAAACAUUGUUUUAACCGCCAAAGUUGCAUCGAUCCUGUGGGCUUUGGAAGAGGAUGUGGCAGAGAUGGUUUUUAAGGAAUUCACUCGCUUUUCCCUCAUCACCCGCUUCUGGUCACAGAACACCUGUUGCUACGGCUACGUUAUGCACGCGUUACAAUUGGAUCUCCUUAGGCUUUUCAUCCCGCCGACAAGGCAGGCAGCGUUCCAUGCUCGGUUUGUGGAAAACUAUGAGCACUUAUGCAAUGGGCAAUGGAGUCGCCUUAUACCCACCACAGACCACGUGUACUUUUGGCAUCAGGCCACCAUGCAUUUGUAUCAUUCGGGCCGGUUGGACAAAUUGGCUGACCUCAUGACAAAUUUGGACUUCUUGCGUUGUCGUCUGGCCCUACUUGGGACAAGUCCGAUCAUCGCCGAGUUCUAUCGCUACCGAGCUGUGUUUGCCACUUUGGAUCGCAUGAGUGAUUGGCACGCGUAUCUGCGGUUCAUCCAAACAAACGCUUAUUUUAUCAUCGACCCGGUCACCAUCCAACCAACAAUGCGCGGUCGUUCUCCGUACCGGAGAAAUUCUAGCUCCAAGUCGUGCCUAAAUUUGGGUUCGUUGAGUCCACCAAAAUUACGUGCAGAUUCUGGACUCCCGACGCCUACUGGCAGACCUACUCUGGUGGCACUUUCUAGGAUCCCUACUGCUGCCGCCGCCACAGCUGCUCAGGGUCCAAAGGGCUUGCAUUUGAUCCAACUGGGCUUGGGGCUGCCCCAACACAGUCCUGUCUUCCAACAGGCAGUCCAGUGGAUUUUACAUAAGACGCUUCGCAAAGGUACUUUGACUGAAUCGCCGCGGAUUUCUGAAUACUACUGGUUCUGGUGCAACAGUCACGUCGCAGCAAGUCAGCUGGUUUGGGCUAUCCCAACUGGACCACAUGCGAUCACAUGCCUUGCGACAGAAUCACCUCCCACGGAUGAAACGGGACCCAUGGUGCGAUCUCACGCCUCGAUUGGUGCAGCACGCGAGCGUAUCCUUGCAUCCACUCGCGACGGACGUGUUCUCCUGUUGGAUGCUGCAUCCGGCUACGAGGUAGCCGUUCAGCAGACAUACCCACCUGAUGUGGAAGUGAAGUUUCUCCGCUUCCUAUCCAACAACUCAGAAUGCCUCACUUGCGGAUCCAAUGGUAGCUUGGUAGUUUCCACACUUCCUCCUCCGGAGCCUUUGGAACGAGAACAUCAUCCGAGUCAAAAUGAUGAAGAUACCGACGUGUUCGACUCUAUACGACCGAAAGAUCGCUCCCCUCUUGUUCGUCGUGCGGAUCUCAUGGGUGGCUUCGAUGUGGACGCCGAGGAAGAGGAGCGGUUCUACGAACCUCGCCCCCGCAGUUACUCCCUUUUCGACGAUCGCUCGUCUGAUGGUAUGGGGUCGUGGACUAGUGACGGACACAAACCGAGCGACGCAGGGGAUACCGGGGACGCUUCGCGUAUUGGCUGGGGCCGACGUGGAUCUGCUCCAUCGCCUCUACUCGCUGGCCCAACGGACAAGUUCAAGGCACCCACUGUCUUGGCCGAAAUUCCGCGUCUGACUGAAGUCGUCCGAGUGGAUGGGAACAACCGGAUCUCGGAUAUCGUUUCGCAUUCCGCCGAUUCACCAACCUCCUACACUCUUCACUGCAUUGCUGCUCCACACGAUCUCGAUAUUGUGGUGCUCAGUGGUGAAGGCACUCCAAACCUUAAUGUUCACCGUGUGGAUAGCUUUACCAGUCCGGAACAAGCUGGUGCAUCCGUAUUACUUCCCGCGGUGUACUAUCUGAAACGGACGGCGAACCAAUUGUAUUUGGACUGUUCUCGUCAGCUUCGGCUGCCUCCUCUCACGAGUGAAAACCCCAUGAGUCAGCUCAUGCUCAAGUCCGGUGUGCGCACCUUGGUCACGGCGAUUUCCGCGGACGCACGUGACAUCGCUGUGGGAUUGGACAACGGCCACAUUUGGCUCUACAACCUGGAUUCGAUCAGUUGGAUAGCAUGCCUAUCCACGCAUGUGGCUAUGCACUACGCCACUGAAUCGGACCGCAUGGCGAACAAUACGAUGGUUAGCACACCCAAACAACAGCUUCCCCCUAUCACAGAACUUUCCAUAGGACCGGCUCCCACUUGUUGUCUGUUUCUACCUUCGUUUGACAACGAGGCACCAGCCACUACUUCAGAACCGGACAUUCAAGAGCCCACGCCGUUUGCGGCAGCGGUGGGAUCGCGAGUCCUUGUUUGGUACAUCCCGUCCACGGCCCCCCGAGAUGAAAACGAAUUGGCCAGUCCGGAAUCUGUACUACAAUUGAGCAAGCCGUGUCUCUGUCUAACCGCUUCUCUGAACGCCGACGUGUUGACCAUGGACACUUGCGUCUUGGCCGGCCAGCCUGUUUUGGCUGGCGGUACGACGAAUGGCCGAGUCGUGUUUUGGCGUUUACGGGACGGAUACCGUCUGUCGGAGUUGAGCGCGCAUUCCACUUGGGUGACGUCAGUUCGGCUGCUUCCAUCGUCGAUCGGCCAUCUCGCAGACUCAACCGACCACGACUUCAGACAGGUGCAUAUCAACAAUCUGCCUAUUUGCGUGCUCACAGCCUCCGCAAACGGAGUGAUCAAACGCUGGGACGUCGGCGCUGCUUGUCUCCCCUCUCCUACCACUCCAUUGUCACUGGGACCGGUAUGGCCAUGUAACAGUACCACUCCUACGCCCUCUGCGCGACACUCGUCCAUCGAGUCCAACAUGCCAUCCAUGGAGUCAACAGCCUUGCAUGGUCUAUGGACUGGUGUGUUCUCCGUCUGGUUCGAUCCGCAUGGCGCUCUUAUGGUAGUUGGACGCCGGCGUCAUUCUCCCGAUCUACAGUUCUUAUUCCGGCCGGAACAAGGCAGCAGUGGCAUUACCGAGGCCAUAUCGGGUGGCAGCACACUUACUUUCCAAGAGGUCACAAUCAAGCCAUCACAGCCAUUCUACUGGAAGCAUUCACAGCGGUCCUCCAUUCCAAUGUCUCCACCAGAGCACGGCGACCCUGCCACCCCAAAAGCAGAGGACCAGCGUGAUAUUACAGCAUCUGCAGCUAUCUGCGCAUCACCUCCCGCGACUCGAACGCGUCCACCCCUGGCUCCGAGCAAACAUUGGAUAGUGACUACCGGUUUGGCCGGUGCAAUGGGCGGCAAAGCUACUGCUGUCAGUUUUUGGCCCAAUGGCCUCUGGGUUGCCGUGGGCUUCAGCACCGGGCUUGUACAGGUGUUCUCACUGCAUUUCGACCGAGCACGUUUGUUCGGAGUCGUCAAACGUUAUUGCCUGGUUGACAGUCGACCAUCCACUGGGCAGCACGCGUCGGCACCAAACCGACUGGCCAAAUCUUUGGAUCGUGUAGUCCAUCUCCACACAUGGCAGUCGCUUUCAGCAGAUGGUGAUUACCUCUCCUUAGUUGUGGUCGCCGUGUUCGCUAAUGGCUCUGUUCGAUUCUGGCACAUUGAUUCGGUCACUCACGGCUCAUUCAACCUCGACUCUGGUUGCCCGGAGAUCGGUCCAGUGGGAGUUUGGCCUCGCAUGCAUAGCCUAGAUUCACCCGAUAGUAAAUCAAUCCGCAGGUUUUCCGAUAUCGAAGUUCAGUCCCGUGUUAUCACGGAUACGGAUAUCACAGACUUGGUCUUUCCCAUCACGUGGUCUGCGCUCAAACGAAUUCCAUAUUCUUCCACAUGUGAGGCCUCUCUUCCCACCAGCACUGCAUCUCCAACCUCACCAUCUGGCAAACGCACACGUUGUAUUCUUGUGUGGCUCACAGCUGGCCAAGAUGGCAUGGUGUUUGGACGUCAAGUGGUUCUUCCACCUCCAACUUCCGACAACGGCGACGAUGAUGAAGUCGCAAAGCGUCCGAAUCGAGAUUUUCCACCUUGGCGCUUUGAUUUGGCCGCUCAUCGACCCUGGGUGAUCACUGACGCGGACGUGGAUCCAAGUGGUCGGUGGCUAGUCACAUCUUCCACCGAUAAGACUGUCAAAGUGUGGUCCUUAGCUUCCAGCAAUAUGGUGUUCGAGACAGACAAGCAUCCUGCCUGUGUUCGUGCCGUUUGUUUCCGGCCCGUAUUGGACGAGCCCGAAGACUCCCCCGACGCGGACUGGUAUUUUGCCACUGGAGAUGACUCCGGUGUGCUGCGCAUCUGGCGCCUCUCAUCGGACACCUUGCAAGACGAGAAUGACAAUUUGGAUUUCGUCAAACAACUCAACCGUGCUGUCAGUCCCGACACUUACAGUCUUGCUCGACCUGGAUCUGUACUCGCCAAUCAUCACCCGGUGCGAUAUCUUCAUCGUUUCCCCAGUCCGGAGAUAAAUCAAAGCGGCGUCGGUGUUUCCGAGACACGUACUGCGUCUACACCACCGCUAUUCAGUUCCAACGCUGCUGGGACCGGUGGCUCGUGGCUUCGACGACUAGUGUGGUCUCCGGAUGGGGCGCUUUUGGCUGGCCUCUCUGAUCGGUUGUGUGUUUGGCCUUUUGAUGCAUCCAGCGUGGAACCGAUCAAAUCUCGCGAUUCUCGGAACCUCCAAACUUUGUCCCCACUUGAUCGUAUCGGGCUUAGGCGUGAUUCGGCUCGGCCUCGCCACCCUCGACGGCAAGCCAAACUGAACCGCUGUCGCGUUCUGCGUGUGCUCUCUUCCGGUGUCAGUGAUACCCAAAACUGCUCCUUGAGUCUACUCCAAGUAAGCGCCCGCCGAACAUGUCAGAUACUAUCAAACGGGGCUCAGUCUUCAUUGAGUGCGUCGUUUCGACCACUGUCGCUCCCUCCAACGCUGGUCACGGUGGACGUUAACACUGGAACACUGUACAUUUUCGAUCCUAUUGGUGCCUUAUUCUUGUCCCAAAUGUGA